AUCUCCUUGGUUUCCCAACCUCUCCUCCUUUUGAUCCUCUUUGUAACCUUUUGACGAGUCUUCCUCGACCAUCGCAUUAUUGAGAACUCUGAGAUACAUUACGCGAUCAACGAUUUUUUUUUCACCUUAGGGCAACUGCUUUUUCGACGGCGCAGGCUACGACAUUCGAACAGUUUCACCGCUCAGCGACACUGGUGAUUUCACAAGCAAGCAGACGAAGCUUUCAACGCUGCCAUUCCCUUGAGCGCACAUCGCUACAGCCUCCUGCUUCGACCUCGCGAUUUCCGAUUCGAUUCAUUAUAUCUCCUCGAAAUCUCAAGUACUCGUUCUCGACCACCGACGGAUAUACUUCGUGCAAACGUCGUUCAAAAUGGACUUCUCUAACAUCUUCCGGAUCGUCAACAUCGCAAUUGGCGUGAUCAUGAUCCUUGGUGGUAUCGCUCAAUUCUUCCCUGCGUCGCUAGGUUCCGUAAUUGUUGGUGCCUACGUGAUCAUCUUCGGUCUCGUCGUCGGCGGCCUGGAAUUGAUGCCCACUGUUCCGGAUUAUGUCUAUCGCUAUGCGUCUUUCCUCUUCUCGUUCCUGGGACGAGGUGUCUUCUACGUCUUCGUUGGAUCGAUCCUGCUGCACGGCCACGUGCUGCGGUACAUUGCCGGUUCUAUCGUUGGGUUCGUCGGUCUAGGAUAUAUUGUCCUGGACUUCAUCCCUUCCAUCGAACCUCCCUCCAACAUGCGUGAGGCCGACCAGGGCUGGGGUGCGGAACAGGUCUAAGCUUUGCGGAACCUGGAACACCUGAUCUCCCGGAUACUGCGCGAUUGCUGUUAUUUCGGGUCCUCCAGAAACCGUACUUUGAGCCGCAAGAUUGAGAACUUGCCGCAUUCCAAGAACGAUGUCCCUAUAGUGCGCUUGACGAUGAUCGACGAGUGUGACGAUAUAUAUUCGCCCUGCGAUUUUAGUGACGUGGUCGAACCAGUAUACCCAUCUCACUUUGAGUGGAAACGCUGGUCUGAAACAGUCUUGAUGUUGUAAUCUUUGGAGCUCUUGGUUUUCGUUUGAAUUGUCCUUUUCGGGCAGAUACCUUUUCUUGUGAACCCUGUAUUACAUAUGUAGAUAAUAUAUGGUUGAAUAUCAGUUGUCAUGUGG